CCUUUGACAGCUUGCCGGGUGAGGUAUGGGAUCAUGGCAUGCCAAGUUUCGAAUUUUCACAUGCCUAGUUACGAAGAGUCAUCCAAUGCGGGACCGCGAUUAUAUUCUAAAAUUACAGAUUCACUACUACGGCCACGAAAAUGGAGAGAUAAAAGGACGUAUUUUUGUUCCAGUCAGUGUAUCACUUCGCGGGUGAAUCAUGGAUCCUACACCAUUGGCGAACCCCAGCUACAGCAUUACCUAUGAUCAGGUGUCAGCUAUAGAUGCGAACUGCACAAAGAUACAUCGAGUUAUGUCACCGACGCAUAUUGCAACCGAAAUUCCGGUUGAAAUCCUCUGCAUCAUCUUGGAGCUUGUUAUGCCACCGACUCAGCAUUUCCUUGAUUCCCCUGUCAUUGCUCGCGACAAUCGUCACUCGCGGGUUUUUUCACUGCAGACUCUCAGGAACAUUGUACUAGUAUCCAGGCACUGGUAUAAUGUCGGCAUUAGCUACCUCUAUCGCCAUGUUGUCAUUCUACAGAGCAAGCAACUCUUCGCGCUUGCACGUGUCGUCUCGAACAACAGCAGCCUCGGCGGGUUCAUACUAUCUCUGCGCCUGCAGUGUUAUAUUUUAGAGUCGCAGAUGGCUGCAGUCUCAAUGGCUCUGGACGGCAUCUUAGCGGUGACUCCAAAUCAUACCAAAGUUACUAUAGCGCCCAUCUUGAACAGACGCCGCCCUUGGUUUGGUCAUGAGUUUCUCCGCAUGGUCGCUCUCGCGCAGAACACCCCCUCUCGCACCACAGAUAUGCACUUCAGUAUCAAUCCCACGCUAAUAAAUACUCUGAAGUUCAUGCCAACUUUCACGUGCCUCACUACUUUCCAUAUCGAUAUGUUCAUAGGAGGAAACGAUGCACUCCCCACCGGGCACAUACAUCUUGCCUUUUUGGAAGAGCUACACAUUACUUGGCAGCCGCGUGGACAUGUCAGGAACGUUUUUUCUGCACUAGCUGAGAUCCUCAGCCUCCCCUCUCUUCGACGUCUCCUUUUGACAUCACGAGAUGUUGGGAAUGGUGCAGUUUUUCAGCCACUGUUGCGUAAAUUUGGACAGGGUCUCCACUUUGUCUCGUUAGUUAGGGACCAUCACUAUUGUUUUCGUUACAAGCAUAGUAUGCCUCCUCCUCCUCCCCCACCAGUGAUUCCAUUACUGUCGAUGUGUCCAAAUUUACGCCACCUCGCCACGGACACAUAUGGUCCAAUCCGAAUGCCUGCGCAUGCACAUUUGACAUGGGUAGACUUGUGGGUUUGGAGAGAAUUUUUGGAUCGGAGCGAACGGUCAGCGCUAGCUGUGACUCUCAUUCCUCACGAAGAGAGAGUCAAGCUCCCUUCAUUGGGUGGCGUGCGGUUACUUGACCUUUCUUUAUUCCCGUUCAGUGGCGCCCACACGCCACUCCUCAUACCGCCAGAUAUGGUUGGGAGCACGGAGAGCGUCGCUUCGAGUCUGGACUUGCGCCAUGACCCUGGAUUAGUUCAUAGAUGUUUAACCUAGACACAGAUAAACACCUCAUCUCGGUGGAACGGACUGAGGGAAGAGAUGGUACAAGA